AUGAAUCCGACAACUCCCCUUCAUGCAUUUGCGCGUCAGGGCGAGCCCGAGAAAGACCCCCAGGACCUUCAAGAAGAUCAGCUCUCUGAAAUUCAACCAAUAGAAGAACCCGAAGAAGGAUUGCCUGAUGAAGAAGAACUGUUCCAUGAUUCAGAGCAGAUAAUGGACGAUAUUGAUAUCGAUCGAGCCCCUAUAACAAAAGAAAGGUUCAUAAAAGAGAUUAAGAAAGACCCAAAUGUGGUCUAUAAAGUUAUGACUGCCUUUCACGAGCUUGAAAUCAAGGAAACGAACCGUGCCCAGAAGGCCAUCCGGACACUCAAGAAAGAGAAUGAAGCCCUAACUGCUGAACGAGACACUUUUGCUAUGAAAUGGGCCCUCUCUAGGGACCGAACUGGCACCUUUGGUAGUCACCGAUCUACCAAAAUCCCUGAUCCGCCGAUGCUGAGUAACGGCGAAGACCCGACCUUUGAGAAUUGGCAGUUAGCAAUCUACCAGAAAAUGACUGCUAACGCUGACCACUAUCCUACUACUGAGCUUCGUAUCGCCUAUGUAACUAGCCGCUGCGAAAGGGAUGCGCGUCAGCAUAUAUCUCCUCGUCUCUUGACCCAGAACUACCGUGAUUUCGGUGAGAUCCUGAGCCACCUGAAAAGCAUCUUCGUGGAUCCAAAUAAGGCCCGUAAUGCCCGCCGAAAGUUUAAUUCCAUUAAGAUGGCUGCUUUUAAGGACUACUAUACCUUUGCCUCAGAGUUCCAAAAUCUCGCGGUUGAAAGACAGAUCGAUCGUGACACUUGGAAGGAAAGCUUCUUCUUUGCCCUUCCUGAUGAAAUACAGCGGAUGGUAGUUUACGUUUUCAAUGAUGAUAACCGAACCUUUGAGGACUUUACCCACGAAUGUGCCAAGGUGGCUGACCUCUGGGCUGACCUAAAGAAGUGCAGAAAUAACAAGAAUGCAGCCCGAGACAGUUCUAAGUCUUUGACCUCGAAUAAGGGAGCCAGCCCGCGUCCUGCUCACUAUAUUAAAGGCGAAGAGAAAGACCAGUUAAUGAGAGAAAGAAAGUACUUUAUCUGCAGGCAGUUCGGUCACCUCGCUACCGACUGUUUCCAGAAAGGUUCUCACUCCUCUCAGGUACCCAAACGAGAGCUGAAGGCUUUAAAAAAGGCUCCCGAGCAGCCCUCUGCUGAGUCAAAAAACGAGGAAGCCUAG